UCCUCCUCUCUCGCUCGCUUGCUCGCUCGCUCCCUCCCCCGGGCGGGCUCGGCGCUGACUCCGCCGCACGCUGCAGCCGCGGCUGGAAGAUGGCGGGGAACGACUGCGGCGCGCUGCUGGAUGAAGAGCUCUCGUCCUUCUUCCUCAACUAUCUCUCUGACACGCAGGGUGGGGAAUCCGGGGAGGAACAGCUGUGUGCUGAUUUCCCAGAGCUUGACCUCUCCCAGCUGGACGCCAGUGACUUUGACUCAGCCACGUGCUUUGGGGAACUACAGUGGUGCCCGGAGAGCGCAGAGACAGAGCCCAGCCAGUACAGCCCUGAUGACGCCGAGCUCUUCCAGAUUGACAGUGAGAAUGAAGCUCUCUUAGCUGCUCUCACCAAGACCCUGGAUGACAUCCCGGAAGACGAUGUGGGUCUCGCUGCCUUCUCAGGGUUGGAUGAAGGAGACACAUCAUCCUGCACCCCAGCUUCACCCUCCCCGUUAUCUGCUCCCCCCAGCCCCGCCCUGGAGAGAUGUCUGUCUCCAGUAUCUGAAGUGGAUGAGCUUUCAUUGCUGCAGAAGCUCCUCCUGGCCACAUCCUCCCCAACAGCAAGCUCUGAUGCUCUGAAGGAGGGGGCCGCCUGCUCCCAGGCCAGCCUCAGGUCCAGAAGUCAGCGGCUUUGUGUCAAGGUGGAUGGCACGCAGGACAAGAAGACCCCCACGCUGCGGUCUCAGAGCCGGCCUUGUACAGAACUGCAUAAGCACCUCACCUCGGUGCUACCCUGCCCCAGAGUGAAAGCCUGCUUCCCAACCCCUGACCCAAGUCCUCAGCUCCUCUCCAAGGAGGAUGAGGAACUGGGGGAGGAUUGCCCAAGCCCCUGGCCAGCUCCAGCCUCUCCCCAAGACUCCCUAGCAUGGGACAGAACCAGCCCCAGCAGUACCCAGGCUCCCCAGGAGGAUGUGAGGGCCAUGGUACAACUUAUUCAUUACAUGCAUACCUACUGCCUGCCCCAGAGGAAGCUGCCCCAACGGGCCCCAGAGCUGGUCCCCCAGCCCUGCAGCAGCCCCUCCAGGCAGGUCUCACCCCAACCCCGGCAUCCCCCCAAACCCUUCUGGACUGAUUUCUCCAUCCUAAGGGAACUUCUUGCUCAAGAUGUCCUCUGUGAUGUCAGCAAGCCCUACCGCCUGGCCACACCUGUCUAUGCUUCCCUUACACCCCAGACCAGGCCCAGGCCCCCAAAAGACAGUCAGGCCUCCCCUGCCCACUCUGCCAUGGCAGAAGAGGUAAGGAUUACAGCUUCCCCUAAGAGCACUGGGCCUAGGCCUAGCCUGCGCCCUCUGAGGUUGGAGGUGAAGCGUGAUGUCAGCCAGCCUACCAGGCAAAAGCAGGAAGAAGAGGAGGAGGAGGAAGAGGAAGAAGAAGAGGAGGAAGAGGAAAAAGAGGAAGAUGAAGAGGAAUGGGGCAGGAAGAGACCAGGCCGUGGCCUGCCAUGGACCAAACUAGGGAGGAAGCUGGACAGCUCUGUGUGCCCUGUGCGGCGUUCCAGGAGACUGAAUCCAGAGUUGAGCCCUUGGCUGACUUUCACUGAUGAGCCCCUAGGUGCUCUGCCCUCGAUGUGCCUGGCUACAGAGACCCACGGCCUGGAGGAGGAACUGGGCAGCCCCACAGACAGUAGUCAAGACCAGCAGCUCCCCCAGGGAUCCCAAAUCCCAGCUCUGGAAAGCCCCUGUGAGAGUGGGUGUGGGGACACAGAUGAGGACCCAAGCUGCCCACGGCCUCCUUCCAGAGACUCCCCCAGGUGCCUCACGCUGGCCUUGUCACAAAGUGACCCUCUUGGCAAGAAGAGCUUUGAGGAGUCCUUGACGGUGGAGCUUUGUGGCACGGCAGGACUCACUCCACCCACCACACCUCCAUAUAAACCCGUGGAGGAGGACCCCUUCAAGCCGGACACCAAGCACAGCCCAGGUCAAGACACAGCUCCCAGCCUCCCCUCCCCUGAGGCUCUUCAGCUCGCAGCCACCCAAGGGGCCUCCCACAAGCUUCCCAAGAGGCACCCGGAGCGAAGAGAGCUCCUGUCCCACCUGCAACAUGCCACAGCCCAGCCGGUCUCCCAGGCUGGCCAGAAGCGCCCCUUCUCCUGUUCCUUUGGAGACCAUGACUACUGCCAGGUGCUCAGGCCAGAGGCUGCCCUGCAGAGGAAGGUGCUGCGGUCCUGGGAGCCAAUUGGGGUUCACCUCGAGGACUGGCCCCAGCAGGGUGCCACUCUGCCAUCUGAAACAAAGGCUCCUAGGAGGGAGGUGGACCAGAGCUGUGACCACACCCCCAAGGACAGCAUGCAGCUGAGAGACCAUGAGAUCCGAGCCAGCCUCACAAAGCACUUUGGGCUGCUGGAGACCGCUCUGGAGGAUGAAGACCUGGCUUCAUGUAAAAGCCCAGAGUAUGACACUGUGUUUGAGGACAGCAGUAGCAGCAGUGGUGAGAGUAGCUUCCUGCUGGAGGAGGAAAGGGAGGAUGAUGAUGAUGAAGGAGAGGACUCAGGGGUCAGCCCUCCCUGCUCUGACCACUGCCCCUACCAGAGCCCACCCAGUAAGGCCAGUCGGCAGCUCUGUUCCCGCAGCCGCUCCAGUUCUGGCUCCUCGUCUUGCAGCUCCUGGUCACCAGCCACCAGGAAGAACUUCAGACGUGAGAGCAGAGGGCCCUGUUCAGAUGGAACCCCAAGCAUCCGGCAUGCCAGGAAGCGGCGGGAAAAGGCCAUCGGUGAAGGCCGGGUGGUAUACAUUCGAAAUCUCCCCAGUGACAUGAGCUCUCGGGAACUAAAGAAGCGCUUCGAGGUGUUUGGCGAGAUAGUAGAGUGCCAGGUGCUGACGAGAAGUAAGAGAGGUGAGAAGCAUGGCUUCAUCACCUUCCGGUGUUCCGAGCACGCUGCCCUGUCUGUGAGGAACGGUACCACCCUGAGGAAGCGCAACGAGCCGUCCUUCCACCUGAGCUAUGGAGGGCUCCGGCACUUCCGCUGGCCCAGAUACACUGACUGCGAUCCCACAUCCGAAGAGGCCCUUCCCUCAUCUGGGAAAAGCAAGUACGAAGCCAUGGAUUUUGACAGCUUACUGAAAGAGGCCCAGCAGAGCCUGCAUUGAUAUCAGCCUUAACCUUCGAGGAACACCUCAAUACCUCAGACAAGGCCCUUCCAAUAUGUUUACGUUUUCAAAGAAAUAAGUCUAUGAGAAGGAGAGCGAGCCAAUGAACGAGCGUGAGAGAACACACGUGAGAGA